CGGGGAAGGGGCAGCGUGGGGAUGGCGGUGUCAGCGCGCAGGAGCCGGUGGCUGCUGAGGUACUAAAGUCAACUGUGGACAGUAAAAUCUCCUUGGUUUAGCCAGUUUGAGACUGAGAAUGGCGAGUUUCUCUUCCUUUGGAUGAUUCUUCAUGCUGAAAAUACAGUAAGGCUCUUGGAGUGUCAGGACGAAAUCAGAAUUGGACCAUAUUCUAAAAGAAUGAAGUCAACAGAAGGGGCUUGUGAGAAACUCCCUGAGGAUGAUAACAAAGGUACUCAGAAGAAAAUGGAUAUUGAGAGAAAAUCAGAUGGUUGGAUACCUACAUGUGCCUUAGAUAACCAAGGGCAGCAUGAAAUGCAGAAGCAAGAGAAAAUACCUACUGGUGCCUUGGGAUCCUUGAAUGAAGUUCUCCCUGAAAGUAAUCCAGUGCUUAGUCAGACAGUUGAUUUAGAAACUGUGCAGAAUAUAAAUCCUCCAUUUGCAUCAAUAAAUGACUCCAAAGUUGAAGAAGAGAAGGACCCCUCUAUUUCAAGUAAUGCUGAUCAAGAUAAUAUUGAGAAAAGCAGUACAUCAUUCUUAGUAAAUAGAAAUGAAUCAGACGAAGACUUUUUUACAAGCAAAGAUUUUAUAGGGCCUAUUUACAAGCCUCCCAAAAGUAACAAACAGGACAAAUCUGGCAAUUGCAAUGAAUGGAGUGCUGAAGGAGAUGGGAAUGAAUUACAUGAAAACAGAUGUAAAGGAAAGGAGGUGAAGAAUAUGCAGGCUGUUUCUGCCACUGUACCAGAAAUAGAUGAUGAACUGGAUCAGUUCUAUAAAGAAAUUCACCAGCUGGAAAAUGAAAAUUUAGAUACUAAUGUUCAGGAAAAAGAAACAGAAGUUUCUCAAGAGCAGCACUCUGCUUUUAACUCUAGUCAAAGCUCGCAAGAGAAUUAUCAACCUAUACUUUUGGGCAAUCCACAGCCGUUUUACGAGAAUGGACAGUGUUGUUUGGGGGAGCAGCACAACCAGAAAACAAACAACGAGCAGCAGUUAGUUGUGGAAACAGAUGGCUGGAAAACUGAAAAUACCUUUAAUGGCCAAGUAGAUACUUGGAACUGCUCAGUGCCUGAAUUCAGACCUGCUUGGCAGACCAGAGCAUCUUUCAAAAAACCUCAGGGAUCUUUUCCUCCUAGAUUAAACCAUUAUUCCCAUUUUCAGAUAUUUGAUCCCCCACCACGAAUCCCAAAUGUUCCCCCUUCUCAGAAUGGGCGACUUCCUUAUGAAAGUUACCAUCAUUACCAUGGAAGUACUGAUGCCAACAGUCAUGGUCCAUUGCUUGAUCAAAAUACCAACUAUUCUGGUCAUACUGACAUCCGUACUACUCAGGUCUUAAGAAAUGGAAACAAUGAUCAGACCGGACUCCAAAGUAGUGGUUUCUGUGAAACCAGAGAAGAGUGUUGGAAGGAUCCAAAAUCUGACAGUACAGAAGGAAUGCACAGCUUUUCUUCAUUGCAGUUAUCUGAAGAAAGAUUCAGUUGUUCACAGAAAUUGCUUUUAAUCUUAAGAGGCCUACCAGGUUCGGGGAAAUCAACCCUUUCUCGUGUUCUGCUUGGUCAGAGUUGUGACGGCGUUGUGCUCAGCACCGAUGAUUAUUUUCGUCAGCAGUAUGGAUACUCCUAUAAUGCUGCUCAGCUUGGUGAUGCCCAUGAGUGGAACCGGAAAAGAGCAAAGCAAGCAAUGGAGCAGGGAAAAUCUCCAGUUAUAAUAGACAACACUAAUACUCAAGCCUGGGAAAUGAAGCCAUAUGUGGAAGUGGCUCUAGAAAAAGGAUACAGAGUGGAAUUCCAUGAGCCAAAUACUUGGUGGAAGUUUGAUCCUGAAGAAUUAGAAAAGAGGAAUAAGCAUGGGGUCACCCGUGAGAAGAUUGCUCAGAUGUUGGAACGAUACGAGUAUCAAAUAUCCAUCCCUAUUGUCAUGAAUUCAAUGGUACCUCCCCACAAAAGCACUCAAAGACUACCUCUGCAGAGAAGACAUAGGUGGGGAGACAAUACAGACUCAUGGAAUUCUUUCAGUAUUUCCAGUAGCCAGUAACACAGUUGCAGUCAGUUAAUAAGAUUUUAUUAUUUGCCCUUUUAAAACACAUCAUCACCUCCAAUGAAGUAGUGAUCUUCUGUGUUUUAAAUAUGACUAUUUCAAGACCAUUUUCUUCUAGAGGUUGUUCUUUUUAAUGGACUUGUAUGUAAAUAAAAUUGUACAUUUCAUGAUUUUUAAAGCUAUAUUUAUUAAAGUUGUAAGACCUUGGAUUUUA